AUGGGUUCGCUGUUCCGGAGUGAGAGCAUGUGCCUAGCACAGCUCUUCCUGCAGGCAGGCACGGCCUACGAGUGUCUCAGCGCCCUGGGCGAGAAGGGCCUGGUCCAGUUCCGAGACCUCAACCAGACUGUAAGUUCCUUCCAAAGAAAAUUUGUUGGUGAGAUGAAGAGGUGCGAAGAACUGGAGAGAAUACUGGCGUAUUUAGUGCAGGAGAUUAAUAAAGCAGACAUCCCCCUUCCUGAAGGAGAAACCAGCCCUCCUGCUCCUCCUCUGAAGCAGGUGCUAGAAAUGCAGGAGCAGUUGCAGAAACUCGAGGUUGAACUAAGAGAAGUGACAAAGAACAAGGAGAAACUAAGGAAAAACUUGCUUGAACUGAUCGAGUACACUCAUAUGCUGAGGGUGACCAAGACCUUGGUAAAACGCAACGUGGAGUUUGAACCCACGUAUGAAGAGUUCCCUGCCUUAGAGAAUGACUCUUUACUGGACUACAGCUGUAUGCAAAGGCUUGGCGCAAAACUGGGAUUUGUGUCUGGCCUUAUUAGCCAAGGAAAAGUUGAAGCUUUUGAAAAAAUGUUGUGGAGGGCCUGCAAAGGUUACACCAUCGUGACCUAUGCAGAACUGGACGAGUCCCUCGAAGACCCUGAAACAGGAGAAGUCAUAAAAUGGUAUGUGUUUUUAAUAUCCUUCUGGGGAGAGCAGAUUGGCUACAAAGUUAAGAAGAUAUGUGAUUGUUACCACUGCCACAUUUACCCCUAUCCAAACACCGCGGAGGAGCGGAAAGAGAUCCAGGAGGGACUGAAUACCCGGAUUCAAGAUCUUUAUACUGUGCUCCACAAAACCGAGGAUUACCUGAGGCAGGUGCUCUGUAAAGCUGCUGAGUCGGUCUACACCCGCGUCAUCCAGGUCAGGAAGAUGAAAGCCAUCUACCACAUGCUCAACAUGUGCAGCUUUGAUGUGACCAACAGGUGCCUCAUCGCCGAGGUCUGGUGCCCCGAGGCAGACCUGCAGGAGUUGCAACGCGCGCUCGAGGAAGGCUCAAGGGAGAGCGGUGCUACAAUCCCCUCGUUCAUGAACACGAUCCCAACCAAAGAAACACCCCCAACUCUGAUCCGCACCAACAAAUUCACCGAGGGCUUUCAGAACAUCGUGGAUGCCUAUGGAGUUGGCAGCUACAGAGAAGUGAAUCCAGCUCUCUUCACUAUCAUCACUUUCCCCUUUUUAUUUGCCGUGAUGUUUGGAGAUUUUGGACAUGGCUUUGUGAUGUUCUUAUUUGCCCUCUUGUUGGUGUUAAAUGAAAAUCAUCCUCGACUGAGUCAAUCUCAAGAGAUCAUGAGAAUGUUCUUUGACGGCCGGUACAUCCUUUUGCUGAUGGGCUUGUUCUCAGUGUACACAGGCCUCAUCUACAACGACUGCUUUUCCAAGUCGGUAAACAUUUUUGGCUCCGGGUGGAAUGUGUCCGCCAUGUACAGCUCGAGCCACCCCCUGACUGAGCAUAAGACCAUGGUUCUUUGGAACGACAGUGUGGUCCGACACAGCAAGAUCCUGCAGCUGGACCCCAAUGUGCCCGGAGUGUUCCAAGGCCCUUACCCUUUCGGUAUUGACCCGAUUUGGAACCUGGCCACAAAUCGCCUCACGUUUCUAAACUCUUUCAAAAUGAAAAUGUCGGUGAUUUUAGGAAUUAUUCACAUGACUUUUGGAGUCACGUUGGGAAUAUUUAACCAUUUGCAUUUCCGAAAGAAGUUCAAUAUUUAUCUGGUUUCCAUCCCGGAACUACUCUUCAUGCUCUGCAUCUUUGGAUACCUGAUAUUUAUGAUUAUCUACAAGUGGUUGGUUUAUUCAGCAGAGACCUCCAGACUUGCUCCGAGCAUCUUGAUUGAAUUCAUCAACAUGUUCCUGUUCCCAACUAGUGAAACCAUUGGUCUUUAUCCAGGGCAGGAGCACGUCCAGAGAUUGCUACUAGUGGUCACGGCCUUGUCUGUCCCCGUGCUCUUCCUGGGAAAACCACUCUUCCUGUUGUGGUUGCACAAUGGACGCAGCUGCUUCGGAGUCAGCAGGAGUGGCUACACCCUGGUGAGGAAGGAUAGUGAAGAGGAGGUGUCUCUGCUGGGAAGCCAAGACAUCGAAGAAGGAAAUCCCCGAAUGGAGGAUGGCUGCCGGGAAGUGACCAUCGAGGAGUUUAAUUUUGGAGAAAUAUUAAUGACCCAAGUGAUUCACUCCAUCGAAUACUGUCUUGGCUGCAUCUCCAACACUGCGUCGUACCUGAGGCUCUGGGCUCUCAGUUUGGCUCAUGCACAGCUGUCGGAAGUGCUGUGGGCCAUGCUUAUGCGCCUGGGCCUCCGUGUGGACACCACCUACGGCGUGCUGUUGCUGCUCCCUGUCAUUGCUUGCUUCGCUGUCCUGACCAUCUUCAUCCUCCUCAUCAUGGAAGGGCUGUCUGCUUUCCUUCACGCCAUACGCCUCCAUUGGGUGGAAUUUCAGAAUAAAUUCUACAUUGGUGCAGGCACCAAAUUUGUUCCCUUCUCAUUUAAUCUACUUUCGUCGAAGUUCAGUAGUGACGACCUGGCCUGA